GGCCGGCUCCGCGGAGCAGGCGCUCAGCCCGGCCCGCCCCGCGCCGAAGCCGCCGCCGCCGCCGCCGCCGGCCGGCGAGGGCGGCAGGAUGAGCGGCGGGCGUAGCGGACGAUCCGCUGUGAAGAUGGAGGCGCCGUUUUACCCCGAGGAAGGACUGGAGCUGCUACCCGACUUCGUGCCUCUGCCGGGCUUCGGUACCGCCGCCGGCCCCGCGGCUGAUGCGGCGGCGGGGCAGAAGCUGCUGCUAGGUGCCGGGAAGAAGCGGGACCUGGCUGCUGCCUCCCCCGCGCCGCUCCCGGGGCCCUUCGCUCUCCGCCCGCCCGCAGGCGGCCGCAGCAGCGCGGCGGCUCUGCGCUUGUUACCGCCGCCGCCGCCCGCCGCCGCCGCCGCCCCGCCGCCGCCCGCCGGCUGAGCGGAGCCGGCGGGCGGCGGCGGGGCGGCGGCGGCUCGCGGCGGCGCAGAAGCCGCUCUGGGCUCAGCUGCGGAGCUGCCGUUGCUGAAACUACCGCCGGCCGCCGACCUGGAGCAGCUGCUGAUCCAGGGGGGCGCGGGGCUGGGCACCGGCAGCCCGGGGCCGGCGGCGCCCGGCGCGAGCAGCAGCGGGGCAGCGGGGCCGUUUCUCUACCGGCAGCCGGUGACGCAGGAGCAGGAAGGUUUCGCCGACGGUUUUGUCAAGGCCCUGGCCGACCUGCACAAGCAAAACCAGCUCCUGGCGGGGCCGCCGCCGCCGCUUUCCACGCCGGGACCCUGCUGCACCUCCCGCCCGGGCCCCCCGGGAGCCGCCGCCGCCGACCCGCCGGCCGUCUACACCAACUUGAGCGGCUUCAACCCCGCGGGGCCGCUGAGCCCUUCGGGCAGCGCCUACUCCGCCGCCUCCGCCCCGCCGCCGGGGCCGCCACCGGGGCCGCCGGGCCUGGCCUUCGGUUCGGCGGGUCUGGGGACCGCUCGGCUGCCGCCCGCGCGGUCCCUGGAAGAGCCGCAGACGGUGCCCGAGGUGCCGCCGUCGGCGGGCGUGGAGGGCGGCAGCAGCGCGCCGACGCCGCCGUCGCUGUCGCCGCUGGACGCGGAGAGCCAGGAGCGGCUGAAGGCGGAGCGCAAGCGGCUGCGGAACCGCAUCGCCGCCUCCAAGUGCCGCCGGCGGAAGCUGGAGCGCAUCGCCCGGCUGGAAGAGAAGGUGAAGGCGCUUAAGGGGCAGAACGCCGAGCUGGCCGCCACCGCCAACCUCCUCCGCGCCCAAGUCACCCAGCUGCAGGGCCGCGUCCGCAGCCACCUCUCCUCCGGCUGCCACAUAAACGCCGCCGGCCAUCCUCCACCCGCCGCCGCCCAGCGGGAGGCGCCCCCCGAGGCAGUCGCCCCGCCGGAGACUAGCGCCUGCUAAGGGAGGACCCCGCUGGGGGGGACCCCGCCGCCACCACCCACCGGACCCGGGAUCGGGCCCUGAACCGUCCUCGCCCGCCGCCGGGGCGGCGCGGGGGCUCCGCGGGGCUCGCCCGCCACCGCUCUCCUGUUGUUGUUGUCGUCAUUAUUAUUGUUAUUAAUUAUUACUAUUUAUUUGCGCCCGGAGAAGGCGUUUGCAGGAGCCGGCUGUUGCUAAGCGUUUCAUGAGGACUGUCGAUGUUGCUCUCGGGAGCGAGGGUAUUCGUGGGUGGUUCUGGGACAGGUGGUUGGCUGUUCUCUUUCAGUGAAGUACGUGAGGUCUGCAGAGAUUUCGGAAAUUAAGGAAAUUCCUGUUUACAGAAAGAUUCAACUUUAUUUUAAUGGGGGAUAUAAAAAGUGUGUUUCCUAAUACACCUUUACUGAACUGUAUAGCAAUGGAUAAGCUUUUCAAACUUAAAAAAAAAAAAGAAAAAGAAAAAAAGAAGCCAGAAUCGUACCCUUUUGAGAAGAUGUGCUUGUAUAUAUAUAUAUAUAUUUAAAACAUGAUACGGCUAUGUAUAUUUUCUUGGUAUUGAUAAAGAACUUUUUUAAAAAUACUGUCUUUCUCUAGAGCUUUAAUUUGCCAUUGAGAGUUAAGACAACUGUGUGGGUGCUGUUGCACUUACAUGGCUUCGGUUUUAAAAUCAAAGCCUGGAGGGGAAUGAUUUUUGUUGUCAAAUCUUUAGCAGAAUGAAAUGCAUUGCUGACUCAGUCAUUUGAAGAUACUUUUCUAACCUGUACGCUCCAUUUUUCUUGUGCAAGUGCAACCUUGGGGCAUUGAUAGUUGAAACUUGAACACUUUUGGACAUUGCCUAGACCUUAUUUUUCUAGAUAACAUGUUAGUAGAGAAAACCAUUACUUGGGCAAGAAGAGCUUUACUUUUUGUUCUUUCACUGUGUACAUACCAGUGGUGUUUGCUCUUUACAUAGUAUAGGGACAGUUCAGUGCUAUACAGAAAAGGGCUUACAUUUGGGGUGGGUUAGCUAUAAAGGUGGCAAUUCCAUUGUAUUCUGUUUGAAUAAAUCACAGAAAUAUUAUGGAAAAGUAGAUUUAUUUUUUAGUAGAAAUCUGUGUAUCUUGCUUCUUGAUCUGUUUUUUUCUGAAGAAACUUUCUGCAAUACUCUAGAUACAGAACAAGUCAACACUAGAGUGUUAAAAGUUUUUCUGGUUGGAAAAACUUGGUGUGAUUUAUUUCUUUGUCAAGAUUUUACCAGUAGAAGAGUAAAGCAAAUUAACUAUUUCCUCCGAUUAGACAUAAUCCUCAAUAACUUUUUGAAAGCUUUAGAUCCCUUGCUCGGUGUUGCUGCCUACCUUGCUUCUGCCACACCUGCCUAUUUUGAGCAUAGCCGCUAUCGCAGCGCUGCUGAGCCCUGUGGCAUGGUGAAGUGGGAAGUGUCUGUCAGAGUGUGAUGAUCACCUCACCAGAAGCCCCCCCGAUGCAGGGGCUGGCUGCGGCUGGGGCAUGGCAGGGCUCAUCCUGAGCAGAUCCAGCUGCAGAGUGGGGCCCACUCCCUCCUUGGAAACUGUGCCAAAUGAUCUGCUUGAAUUCAGAGGCACAACUUAAAUGGGGAUAAUGUGUCUGUGCCAGCUGGUGAAAAUGGGGGAUUGUACAAGGAGCCAAGGGGCAUAGGCAUGUUUAUGUGUAUGAGCCAUUGCUCAGAUCUGUUAAAGCCACUCAGGAGCUGUUAAACAUCUCUUGCUUCUUCUGAAGGACACACUUGAUGCUUUGAAAUUCAAGAGGGUCAGGAUAGACUCGCAGUUUUUCUUUCUUCUAUUGGGGAUCCGUGAGUGCUAUCUGUUCAGAAGGUUGAGCUGUAGCAGUCAAGUGUGUGAGCUUUUUCUUUUAGUGCGUAGUCAUUCCUGGCACACGCAUUAAAUUACAUGACAAUGCGUAGUAAUUGUGUUAUUGUAGCUGAGAUGCUCCGAGGCUAUUUCAUUACUUAAUGCAUAUGCAAAUUAGGUAGAAGCCAUAUUAAUCAUUGUAUAACUGUUUAAUCAUGUCACCAGAGCCUUUUUCAGUGGUUGAAAUGAUUGCCUGUAACAAUACCUUCUGCUGUUAGAAAUACUAAUGAACAUAUGAAAAAAAUAUAUUUUGAUCUUAACCAGGUUUAAAGACUUUUUGAAGGCAUUCUGAACCAGACAACAUACAGUCUGUAGCACUGCCUGUUACAUAAUAACUGGGUGAAAAAGAACUGGUUUUUUUACUGUGUGGCAGGCACCAACCUAUCUGCUAAAAUGCUGCAGGACUGGAGAAACUGAUAGAGACUUCCCUCCCUCAACCCCUUAACACACUUUUACUAGUGAGAGAGGUAAUGCUGCCUGGUAGAUACACUGGUUUGAUACGCUCAGCUUUACUGUAUGUGUAAUGAGGUGAGGUUUUUUUUUAAGGAAUCCUUGAAAAAUUCUUAAAGAUCACAUGGGUGGACACUGCUGUUUCAGUUCUUGUAUCUGAAAAUGGGCAUAGGUCUAGGUAAAGAUCUUGUGGUAGGAGACAGGACAGUGAUAACUGCAGCUGUGCAGCACUUGUUCUUACUUUACUGUUUCUGGUCAGAAUAAAUUGGCAAUGUCCAAGGAGAAGUGGGGGAUCCAUAGGAUAUAGGAGAUCACUGCAGUCCCGCUUCCCAGCCAAGGACAGGGCUAUAAUGAGCAAUAACCUGGCAGCAUUAUAAGCUCCCCCUUUUCAGCAUGGUAGGUUUAAAGCUGGAAACCACCACAUGUUACCUGUCUCCCAUUCAAACUUUCUGCAAGAGCCAUUCUGCAUCCAGCCUCUCAAAGAUCUCAUGUGGUAACUUCUCUGGUAGCCUGCUGUAUGUUCUGACUGCCAUCUGUUAAGUGGUAGAAGUGCUGAGAGUGCCAGCUCUGUUGCCCUGAUGAGUGAGAAGAGGUUAAUUGCGGGGCUGGCUGCUCCAGCUCUCUGUGAGAGGCUACUAUUCUGGUAGCAGAGCUGUCCAAAGAAAUGUGUUUUCCGUAGACUGACAGGUUAUCUUCAUAAAUGCCUCUAUUUAGCUGGUAUUUCUUACUAGAAUCUGACACUGAUGUGACCAAAAUCUGAGAAUGGGGAGUGGGGUGGGGUUAUUUUCCCUUAUUAGCUCUGCUUGAGGUCGCUUCAUCUAUAGCAGAGAUAUGAGUGGAUAGCCUGAGCACCAGUCUGAACAAAUAGAAGGCUUGGGAGUGCUUGCCUGCUGCGGCCAUUAGGCUUGGUUGUUACUGUCUUCUAAAAUAUACCAGUACGCAUUGUACCUCUGCACUGUUCCUAAAUCCUUAAAUAUGGCUUCUUUAUUUUAUUCUGCCUUUUUUCUUCAGUUUGCUGCAGCAUUUUCCAUGUCCAUUUCUUUUAGGUUUUGAUUUUCUGCCUAAAACUUUCGUCACUGUGAGAUGCUAAAGGACAGAUUCUGAGUAAAACUUUUUCAGACUCUUCAUAUGAUUUGCAUCAAUGUAGCUCCUUUUCAGUAACUGCAGGCAAGUUGUCUGUGUGUCACUACUAAAAAAACACCCAAUACC